UAGAACUGUCGCCCUUUGUAUAACCAGGAGGGAGCUCCAUGUAUAUAACCUCCUUGAGAUCACCAUGGAGAAAGGCGUUUUUCAUAUCCAACUAAAUCAACGACCAAUUCUUCAUAGCUGCGACAGCUAAGAGACUCCAAAUCGUUUGCAUCUUUACAACUGGCGCAAAGGUCUCGGCAUAGUCAAUGCCAUACUCCUGACGAAAUCCUUGCGCCACUAAUCGUGCUUUAAAACGCUCCACAGUACCAUCAGGAUUCAUUUUGAUAGUAACCACCCACCGACAACCAAUAACAGAGAACUCAGGAGAGCAGGGUACCAAAUCCCAUGUAUGAGCGACUUCGAGGGAUUUCGUUUCAAAAUUCAUGGCAUUAUCCCAUUUAGCAUGCUCCUUGGCUUGCUUAUAAGUGGCAGGAACAAAGAAAGUUGGGGUGGAAAAGGUAAUGAAAUCGGAGUGCCGAAGAGGAGGAUGACCUCUAGUGAUCCGAUUGGAUCGUCGCAGCUGAGGAACUUCAGCUUCCACGGGCUGAAGAGAGGCAUGAGAGGAAAUAGGAGGCGAAGAUCCACUAAACUGAGUGGAGUCCGCACUGCUACCUGUGCGAGGAGAGCUACUGCUUGUGCAAGAGGAGGAAGAACCACCUGUACUAGGGGAAGAAGGCGAGGAAGGAGAGGAGUCAGCAUAGGAGGAGUGACCGGAUGGGGAGGAACUCAAGCCGAUGGGUUUGCGGGUGGUGGAUCAUCCAUGGGAGAAGAAACGGGCAGCUCAUGAAGCUUCAAAAAGUCCAAAUCCGGUGGGGCAGAGGUCUCUGAAACUAAAGCCCCAAAAUAUAGCAUGUGUUCAAGAAAAACCACAUGACAAGACACCCGAAUUCGGCGUGCAGUAACAUCAUAACACACAUAACAUUUUUCUAUAUCGGAAUAGCCUAGGAAAAAACAUGUUAUAGAUUUAGGAGUGAGCUUAUUCCUCUCCCGUUGAGUAAGUAGAAUAUAACACACACCCCCAAAAACACGGAGCCAUCCAUAAUCCGGGAGACGAGAGUAUAAAAGUUUAUACGGACU